AUGGCUGAUCGCACCACAGUGAGCGUUGAAGAGCAGAAGCAGGUGGCCAUCAGCGUGUGCUCGACGCCAAGUGAGCGGAGCCUCGCCGGCGCCGGCCCCGCCUCGACUCCGAGAUCCAGCAAGCUGGUGCCGGUGCCGCUGGACUCCCUGCAGAAACUGAUGCUCAAGUCGCCGCCACAGGCUGACGUGGUGGAAAACAACGAGCAAACGCGUGUCCCGGCCGAGGUGCCGCUGGCGAAGAAGGUGGCGGCGGAGUUCAUCGGCACGUUCAUCCUCAUGUUCGCGGUGGUCUCCACCAUCGUGGCGGACGCGCAGCACGGCGGCGCGGAGGGCCUUGUGGGCGUGGCGGCGUCGGCGGGGCUGGCGGUGGUGCUCGCCGUGGUGCACGUCUCCGGGUCGCACCUGAACCCGGCCGUGAGCCUGGCCAUGGGCGUGUUCGGCCACCUCCCGCGCGCCCACGUGCUCCCCUACGCCGCCGCGCAGACGAUGGGGUCCGUCGCCGCCACGUUCCUCGCCAAGGCCAUGUACCGCCCCGCCGACCCCGCCGUCAUGGCGACGGUGCCCCGCGUCGGCGCCGCCCAGGCCUUCUUCCUCGAGCUCGUGCUCACCUUCGUGCUCAUGUUCGUCAUCACCGCCGUCGCCACCGACCCAACCUCGGCAAGUGCACCGUGCGCCGCCAGCAAAGAGCUGGUGGCCAUCGCGAUCGCGGCGGCGAUAAUGAUGAACGCUCUCAUCGGAGGGCCGUCGACGGGGCCGUCGAUGAACCCGGCACGGACGAUAGGGGCGGCGCUGGCGACGGGGAAGUACAAGGACAUCUGGAUCUACCUGCUGGCGCCGCCGCUGGGGGCCAUUGCAGGAGCUGCCACCUACACCCUCAUCAAGCUCUGA